CCCCCCACAGUUCUGGCCGCGGUCCCGGAGCGCACGGACGUGGCUUGAGUUUCCUCCGCUCUCUGAUCGCUCACUCUCCUCCCCCCCUCCCGCUCUUCCUCCUCUCCCGGUCUCCCGCUCCAGCUGCAGCUCCACCCGCCGGCCCUGCACGGCUCCGGGUAGCCAUGGAGGACACCCAGCUCCACAUCGUCGAACAGCCGCUCCCCGGGUACCGUGACGCGGAGGACCCGGGGUCCUCGAUAGUGCGGGGGCCGGCGGCCGAGGAGCCGUCAGGGGCCGGCUCUGAGGAGCUGAUCAAGUCGGACCAGGUGAACGGCGUGUUGGUGCUGAGCCUUCUGGACAAAAUCAUCGGCGCCGUCGACCAGAUCCAGCUGACCCAAGCCCAGCUGGAGGAGCGGCAGGCGGAGAUGGAGGGCGCCGUGCAGAGCAUCCAGGGCGAGCUGAGCAAGCUGGGCAAGGCGCACGCCACCACCAGUAACACCGUGAGCAAGUUGCUGGAGAAGGUGCGCAAGGUCAGCGUCAACGUGAAGACCGUGCGCGGCAGCCUGGAGCGCCAGGCCGGCCAGAUCAAGAAGCUGGAGGUCAACGAGGCCGAGCUGUUGCGGCGCCGCAACUUUAAAGUUAUGAUCUACCAGGACGAAGUGAAACUGCCUGCCAAACUGAGCAUCAGCAAGUCGCUGAAAGAGUCGGAGACGCUGCCCGAGAAGGAAGGCGACGAGCUGGCUGAGGGUGAGCGGCCCGACGAGGACGCGGCCAUCGAGCUGUCCUCGGACGAGGCGGUGGAGGUGGAGGAGGUCAUCGAGGAGUCGCGCGCCGAGCGCAUCAAGCGCAGCGGCCUGCGGCGCGUGGACGACUUCAAGAAGGCCUUCUCCAAGGAGAAGAUGGAGAAGACCCGGGUGCGCACCCGCGAGAACCUGGAGAAGACCCGCCUCAAGACCAAGGAGAACCUGGAGAAGACGCGACACACACUGGAGAAGCGCAUGAACAAGCUGGGCACACGCCUGGUCCCCGCUGAGCGCCGGGAGAAGCUCAAGACCUCUCGGGAGAAGUUGCGCAAGUCUUUCACUCCGGACCACGUGGUCUACGCGCGCUCCAAGACGGCAGUCUACAAGGUGCCGCCCUUCACCUUCCACGUCAAGAAGAUCCGCGAGGGCGAGGUGGAGGUGCUGAAGGCCACCGAGAUGGUGGAGGUGGGCGCCGACGACGAUGAGGAGGGUGGCGCGGAGCGUGGCGAGGCCGUGGAUCUGCUGCGCGGGAGCAGCCCCGACGUGCACACGCUGCUGGAGAUCACCGAGGAGUCAGACGCCGUGCUGGUGGACAAGAGCGACAGCGACUGAGGGGGACGGGUGGGGCUCUGCCCAGGAGGCCUUGCGCCCCACCUCUCCCUGCCCCCACCCUGAUUCUCUUCCCUCCUGAACUUUCUCUUUUGCCUUCUUUCUCGGGCCCCAGACGGGCUCACACAUUUCUAAAUCGAGAACACCGAACACCUUUCCCUCAAGGAGCACCCCUCCGAGUCUUAGAGCUGUUAAGACGGUAGGGGGAGGCAGCCUCCACAAAGACCAGCCCCAAUCGGGGCGUAGUCUGGGCGGAGAUGGAAAGGGGAUGGUCCACGCCCUGGUUGUGCAAACUGGGGAUCCUGCGGGAAAAUGCUAUCAUUUCCACAGUCGCCCCACACCCCGCCCCGGGGCAGGCUGCCUUCCCUCGAACCUUGUCCUCACACAUCCAGCUCUCUCAUUCCUGCUCACUGAGCUCUUCUUUCUUAUCCUGAUCCCUGGAAGCUUCGAAGCCAAAAUUAGUGUAAUAGAAAAGAACAUAUUCUGAAGAAGACCUUUGUCCACAUGGGAGGCCCCCAUACCGGAAGGACUCGAAAGCAGCUUUUGGGAGAACGUGGGCUGUAAAGGGGAGAGGGCAGAGGGAGCCAUAGAUGAGGGUCCAGCACAGGCUGUAUCUGCAGAGUCCCAACAAGGAAGGCUGGAGCCAGGCGGGGCCCUGGGGAGUGGCAGUGGAAAGUGGCCCACUUUCAUGUUAGGCAUCUGCACACAGGCACAGGUGGCUGUGGCUUUGGGAAGGAGAACAGGAAAUAGCAGAAAGUGGAAAUGGAUGAAGAGAGGCGCAUUUGCCUCAUUAGCAGCAUGAGAAAUGCAGAGCGAGAAUCCUAUCUUAACUUGAGUGCUCCUUUUCCAUCUCAGGAUAAGGAGGGAUGAUGAGAAAGCGAUGAUCCAGAGAGAAAAGAGCCGUAGGCCUCACUCCUUCCCUCAACUGGGAUCUGGGUGGUGCCUCAGGGGCAGUCCGUCCCUCAAAGCCCAGGAAAUUAGGGUCCCAGAAGGGGGCAGCACCAGGCUGCAAAGAACUGAGAGUCAGGAGGGAGGCAGAUUAGAAAGAAAGUGAGGUGCGAAUGGCCAGGCCACCAAGCUGAGAGCUGGAGGGGGAGUGAGGAGAGUAUCACCGUGUAUGGAGCACCCGGCAGACUCUUCUCGAGACCCUUCCCUAGAACUAGUAGAAGAGCUGCAGAAUUUGCCCUUGUGGGCUCCUCUCCUGAAUCUUUAGGGCUGACAGAGUCGCUGCUUCCAGGUUCUCCUUGGGAUACUGGAGUCCUGCUGAGCCUCCCCAGUUUAAAGGGGGUGGUCAGAAGCAAAAACAGCUCCCCUUUCCUACAAGUCAUUUGUGCCAUGGCUCACAAGUUCCCUACAGAGGAGGCUGAAGGAUUCUCCCUUCUCCCCCAUCGCCUUUGCCUUUUUGUCCCUGCUCUGCUUUUUAGAAUCACAGCUGAUCGCUUUAAGGGGUGGAGGGAGAGAGGGAGCCUGCGGACACAAACCUUUUUUACAAUACAAAGCUUUGCUCCACCCCACCCCCACCCCCCAACAUACACUUUCUUGGUUCUCUUCCCUCUGGUGGAUGCUUGGAGACAGGUCAACUGAGACAGGAUGGAGACUGGGACAAGGUGCUGAUGGGUUGAAGGGGCCUGAGCUGUGGGCAGACGCUGGUUCCUGUGGGCUCUGGGGAGCCUCUCAUGUUGCUGUGUCCUGGUGAGCAGCCUGACCAAUAAACCUGCUUUUCUAAAA